AUGAUUAUGAAUAACUACACAGCAGUCCAUGAAUUCUUACUGUUGGGAUUCCCACAAAUUAAGGGUUACAAUGCCAUCAUUUUAUUUGUAUUGAUACUGAUUGCUUACAUUAUGACACUCAUGAUAAAUUCUAUGAUCAUCAUAUUGGUGUCCACCAGGCAGCAACUCCAUUCUCCCAUGUACUUCUUCAUCCAGCAAUUGUCAUUCAUUGAAAUCGUGUUCAUGACUGUUACCAUUCCAAGCAUGCUACGUGUUAUAUGGCUGGAAGGAACCACCAUCUCUAUCAUAGGUUGUAUAGCACAGACUUAUAUUUAUUGUGCUAUAGGGACAACAGAAUGUCACAUCCUCACAGUCAUGUCUUUUGAUCGAUACCUGGCCAUAUGCCACCCUCUGCGUUAUAGCACCAUCAUGAACAUCAAACUUCAACAUUCCUUGGUUAUCUAUUGCUGGGUGUUUGGUUUACUCAUCACCCAAGUUAAUCUUAGUUUUCUUUGUCAGCUCCGUUUCUGUGGACCCAACGUCAUUAAUCAUUUUUUCUGUGACAUUGGUCCUUUUGUUGAACUGUCAUGUUCUUACACUCGUGCUCUACAGUUAGAGAUUGUGUUUAUUUCUAUUCCAAUAAUGGUCAUCCCAUUUAUCUUAAUUGUUGUUAGUUACAUCUGUGUAUUUCUAACUAUUCUCAGGAUCUCCUCUACAACAGGUAGAAAGAAAACCUUCUCCACUUGCAGCUCCCUCCUCUCUGUUGUGACUGUAUUCUACGGAACCUUGAUCACUAUUUACUUGGUUCCAGCUAAUGGACAUUCCUUGACUGUAAACAAAUUUAUUGCCCUUUUGUACAUUGUUAUAACACCCUUGUUUAACCCAUUUGUAUACAGCUUGAGGAGUAAAGAAAUAAGAGCCAUCAUAGGGAUUUUACUUAAGACAAGGUGUUAUGGUAAAAACAAGACAUAA